UGCGCCUGCCGGAGCAACACACUCGCUCGACCGCCGCCGCACCGAGCGCACAGUCCGUGCUCCGAGUUUUUUGCGCUCGAUUAUAUUCGUCGCCGCUGUCGUCGCGUCUCUCUCUCUCUCUCUCUCUCCUCGUCUUCGAGCCCGUCCUCCUCGUCGUCGUCGCCGUCGGCUGGCGGCAGCCGCUGCAGCGGCCGCGCGUUACAGCUCUGUGUCUGUGUGCAGUGUGCCUCGACGCCAACGCCAUCGCUCUGCUCAUAUGGAGCCUAAGCUCGAAGCUCGUCCGCUGCUCCGCCAGCCUGCACUAGUCGCCGCCGACGCCGCUCUCAGUCACUCCGGAGUCUGACCGCGAGAGCACACGUCAGUGUGUAGUGUCGCUGCAGUUCCGUCGUCGCCACACGGCCACGUGACGCCCCGAGGAUUAUCGCGCUGUGCGAGGAUGUGCCGCCGCUGCUCUAGGUCGCUGUGAACAUGCCAGCGGCCGCUGCAGCGUCUCCCAGCGCACCGCCGAUGCAACACCAGCUCGAGGAUCGCCUCGUCGCCGACGUCGUCGUACUUCACUGCCGGAGGGCCGCACGGCGAUUGCGCAACGGCCGACUGUAAUACACACUCGAAGAGAUAGAUUCCAUGUCCUCUCUCGCGCGCAUUCGUGUGCACCCGAUGUGUCUCGGUGCGUCGCGUACGAGGCACGAGGAGAAAUUCGAGAGGUUACGGGCAUAAACUGCCCGCGUGUAUCGACUUUUGCCGCAAGCAGCCCCGUCGACCGAAGCAGCAAUAUAUCCAGAAUCAGUAUUAUAAGUCGCAAUUACACACACCAGCACUGCAGGCGCGAGAGAGUCCAAGUGCUCGCUCUAUUAAUAGACAGGCCCGCAACACUACCUGUGCUCGUCGCUCCGCCGCCGCCGCAGUGAUAUUAUUAUUGUAAUCGUCAUAGUGAGAAAAGUGUUUUGCAAAGUUGUCGUUCGUCGCAAGCUCGCUCGGCGAGAAGGAGCAGUCCAACGCACACGCGGACACGCAGAGAAGCAGAGCGGUCCACGACAGUCACGCAUGUCUUGGAUCCUGGACGUCUCGAUCGUCGACACAGCCGAGCCGCAGCAGCGGGAAGUGGACACAUCGCGCUGGUACUCGAGGACGGCGUGAACAGGGAAGCUGGUGAGCCCGGGCUAGCUGGUCGCUGAUUUUUCGGACUCGAGGCGCGCGGUGGGUCUCCCGGCCCGCCCCCUCCCAUCGGCCAAGCUGGCGAGCGCCCUAGCCGCUGGUAUGAACCCCUACCCCCACCACCCGUCUCUGGCGGGCAGCCCUCACCACGGGGCCCCGGAGUCCCACCACGGCUACGGCUCCUCGACGAGCGGCAACGGCACGGCGACGACGCCCGACCCGAGCCCCCAUUCGCCGGCCUACGGCGCCGGGCCCCAGGACGGGCCCCAGGGCUACGGCUCGCACCAGCAGCAGGCCCAGCAGAUGCCGAGCAACGGCCACCACCACGCGGCGGCCCAGGCCAUGAUGCAGCAGGCCCAGGACCAGCCCCACCUCAGGCCCUACCAACACCCCCACCUGCCGCCCCACAUGGCCGGCUACCAACCCGUCAACCACAACAACAACUGCACGCUCAAGGUUGGUCGAGCUCCGAACGCACCGGCUAUACCUAUGCUAUAGUAUAUUAUACGCAUA